AUGGAGAAUAACGAGGCAGAUAACUGGAGGGAUAUGGUCAUGAAGAUGCUCCCACCAGGUGCCCCUAUCCCGGACGAUGACAAAAUGGACUACUCGAUAGCCCUCGAGUACAAUGGGCCUCCGGUACCUUACGACAACAUCCCACAGGCCGAGCCCCUCGACUUGAACCCGGCCCAAUCCCAAUUGCCGACCCUCUUUCAGAGUCUAGACGAUCCGUGGCCCGUUACUCGGCCCCUCUGGCAAGACGGGCCACUCCCUCCAAACGAGGCAAGGCGGCCUAUGGUGGUGACUUUCAACACGGCUGAUAGGUCUGAACGGCAAUUGGCCGAUAGGGAAAAGCAGGUUUUCCCCGAAUUUGUGGUGGGCUUAGCCAAGGAGAAGAAGAAGAAGAAGAAAAAUAGGAAAAAGGCGAGGGUUUGCUAUAGGUGCGGGAAAGGGAAGUGGGAGAUUAAAAAAAUAUUGCAGCAACUGUGUGCUCCAGGCCAUGGGCUCGAUGCCCGAAGGACCCCAUUGGAGGUUAAGCAUAUCAUGAAGGCCGAGAAGGAGUGUGCGGCCAAUCAGCUCCGGCCGGAGCAGUUGAUUGUGAACGGGUAUCCUUUGAAGACGGAGGAGAUGGCAGAGCUUUUCGGGUGCCCUUUGCCGCCUAGGAAGUUGAAGCCGGGCACGUAUUGGUAUGAUAAAGAAUCAGGUCUUUGGGGAAAGGAGGGAGAGAAGUCUGAUAGAAUUAUUAGUUCGAAUUUGAAUUUUACGGGUAAACUAAGCCCGAGUGCGAGCAAUGGGAAUACUGAGGUGUACAUGAAUGGUCGAGAAAUUACGAAGCUUGAGCUGAGAAUACUGAAGCUUGCAAAUGUACAAUGCCCUCGUGAUACCCAUUUUUGGGUGUAUGAUGAUGGUCGAUAUGAAGAGGAAGGCCAAAAUAAUAUCAGAGGAAAUAUCUGGGAAAAGGUAAAUAACCAAUGCAUUUAUUCUCUCAACCCAAGAUUGAAGCACUUUUCUGACUGGCUGCUCCACAUAAUUGCCACUGGGGAUUUGGAUGCAUUUUUCCCAGCAGCAACACGCGAAUCCCCGCUUGUUGAGGAAGUAUGGAAAGAUCCUGCUAUUCAGGAGACUUAUAAGAGAAAGAAUGAACUCCACUUUCUUCCAGACGUAACCGAGUACUUCUUGAGCAGGGCCGUUGAAAUAUCGAGCAACGAGUAUGAACCUUCAGACAAAGAUAUAUUGUUUGCUGAAGGGGUGACUCAAGGUAAUGGGCUGGCUUUUAUGGAGUUCUCAUUGGACGAUCGAAGCCCAAUGUUAGAAACUUACACAGAAAAUAUGGAAUCUGGGCCCCCACCUCUCACCAAGUACCAGCUGAUCCGAGUCAACGCCAAGGGCAUGAACGGGGGUUGCAAGUGGGACGAGAUGUUCGAGGAUGUUCGUGUGGUCGUCUUCUGUGUGGCCCUCAGCGAUUAUGAUCAGGUGUGGGUGUCUUCAGACGCUUCCCGUGAGCCCCACCUUACGAACCGUAUGAUUCAAAGCAGGGACUUCUUCGAGUCCAUGGUCAAGCACCCAUGCUUUAAGGACACCCCAUUUGUCCUCGUCCUCAACAAGUAUGAUUUGUUCGAGGAAGAAGUCAACCGGGCCCCGCUCAGGAAAUGCCAUUGGUUCAGUGACUUCAGCCCGGUCAGGCCCCACCACAACACACAGUCCCUGGCCCAACAGGCCUACUUUUACGUGGCCAUGCGGUUUAAGGACCUUUACGCUUCCUUAACUGGCCGGAAGCUUUUCGUCUGGCAGACACGGGCCCGAGAGAGGCCCACAGUGGACGAGGCCUUCAAAUACAUACGAGAGGUCGUGAGGUGGGACGAGGAGAAGGAGGAUAUGUACUAUGCAGCCGGAGGGGAGGACUCGUUUUACAGCACAACUGACGUGAGCACGUCCCCAUUUGCCCGCCAAGAGUGA